ACCGGCCAUUGCUAUAGCCUAUGGCGACGGAGUUCAGCAUCGACGAUGCGUUCGCGCUGGAGGGCGAGGAGGAUGAGGUCGGCCAGGAGAAGGAGCGGGAGCCAGGAGACGGCGCCUCCUUGACCUUCGGCCCGCUGUCCUUCUCCAAGCCGCAGGGUCUUCCCUCCGCAGCGGUGGGCUCGUCCGACCACAGCUCCCUCAAGUACCAGAACCUGGAGAAUGAAGAGGCCUUGGGCAACAGUGGAAAUUCUUCUUUCAAUAAUUUCUUCAAGAUCAGUGACCCUGCGACACUCUCCUACUGCAGCUCCCAGUGGUCCUUCAGCACCCUCAGCUCCGUCACUCAGCUCUCUGCCCACUGCUGCAGCUGGACGUCCCACCCCCUUGUAAAGAAGAACAGAAGAGUAGUUCUGGCUUCUUUCCUCCUCUUCAUCACUGGACUCGCUUUGAUUUUCACAGGUGUCGUAAUACAGCUGAAUCCGCAGGCAGGUGUGUCUAGUGCCAUUUUUUUUGUGCCUGGAUUUCUGCUGUUUAUCCCUGGCGGUAUGUAUUGUGUACCUUUUACACCUGUCUUACACUUCCAGCUUCUCGGACGUCUUUGUGCUUCUCUCCAGGGCCAGGUUGCCAGUAGGCUACAUGUUGUAAACACUGAGAAGUGUUACAGGAUGAUUUUAUUUUACCUGAAAUAAAUUUAAUACCCAAACAGUAAUGGGGAUUGUAGAAUCAUGAGCUGUAUGAAUUGUCCAGGGUUUAGUAUGUGUAGCAGAAUGGCUAGUGAAAUGACUUUUGUUGUUGAACUAAUUGUAGUAAUUGCAUAAUAGCAAUGGAUCUGCGCAGCAUGUCUUGCAUUGUUACGACAGUGGCUGUGUCGUAAUGUUCUCUUUCCGCUCUCGU